ACCCCUCCAUUCCUAGGCUCACUGGUCUAUACAACUUCAUCUAGCCUCAGUAUUGAGGUCCGAACUCUUCAUUUUCUCUUCAUUAUUUUUUCCUCUUGCGUUCUAUGCCUCACAUUAUCAUCUUCUUUAUCUUUCUCCCCAUGUCUUCCCUGGCCUCCGCCUCGAGCGACAGUAACAAGCAUCAUGAUGCGUCCAAGCCAUCCGUGAAAAUACUCGCAAUCGACGUUCGAGCCCGUUCAAGGCGAAGUAAAAAGGGUUGGAUACAUUUGGACGAUGAAUCAGAAGGUUAUGACAUGGAUUACAAGCCGACCGAAUAUUGUUCCCAUCACCAUCACGUUUCUAAGCCACUGAAAGUCGCCAUGUUCGACAGCAGAGAGUUGGGGCUUACGAGAGGGCAGGAUUGACUUGUAAAACCCCUCAAUUUCGUUAAACGUCAUGUUACUACUUAUCAUGUAUUAUCGAGCAACACCAUGGAUACCGUUGAAUAGUGGAUUUAUGUACUGUUAUUUCGAGGCUUGUCGACGGUUAUCAG